AUGUACAAGGAAGCCAUGGCGUUUUGCCGAGUGACGGAAGUGGCGCGGCGAAAACAACUCGGUGCAGAGCAUACUCUGACCAAGGACGCUCACGACGACGCCGUGCGGUUUGCAUGCAAGUGGGAGUCGCUCCAAAUGUUCCUGGAAGACUCGGUGGGGCAGCAGCUCGAGGACCGACGGACGAAUGCCGCGUACUAUGCCGAUGCCGCCCUCGGCCGGCUGCCAGCGCAGUUGACGGCCCUGCUCGUCAACGAAUGCACGGCAUGA